AUGUCUGAUGCAAUCCAGAGCCUUGUCAACAACAACCAAGUCUACGCCUCAGAAGGAUACGCAGUUCCACCUCCGUUUUCCAUGGUCAAGACCUUUCCCAGAAAUCAGGUUGUCGCCAUCGUCUCAUGCGCUGACCCCCGACUCUCGCCUGAGGAGUUUUUGAAGCUUCCCAAAUACAUGCACCCCAUCAUCAACGUCGCAGGCGGACGCGCCAAAAACGCGCUUCGUUCCUUGCUCGUGUACGAGCACCACUUCGGUCUCGCAGGGAUUGUCGUCGUGCACCAUACAGACUGUGGCAUGACGCAUGUCACUGACGACGCUCUUUGCGCCACGUUCGGCGCUCGCGCCCGUGCGCUCGGCGAGGCCAAUCCAGAGAAAGGGAAGAACAUGCAGAUGGAGAUUGAUUCGAUGGAGUGGGAUGAGAUCACGGGGAGAGAUGUUCAUGCGAGCGUGAAGAGCGACGUGAAGUACUUGAGGGAUUAUCCGUUGUUUAGCGAGGGGCUGAAGGUCGUUGGACUCGUGUUCGACUUGCAGACCGGUAGGGUGGAGCAGGUUGAGUGAACGUCCUUACGAGACGUGCUACAAAACAC